GACACGUGUUUUCCCCUGUUUAGCUGCUGUAUUCAGUGUUUACGAUUUGUUCUUAGGCAAGUCUUUUUUUUAAAUUUAAAUAAAGAUGCUGAAGUCUAAAACGUUUGUAAAAAAGACACGGUCCGGCGGGGUGAGGAAGAUCGUUCGAGAGCAUUAUCUCAGAGAUGAUAUCUGGUGUGGAAGCGAAGUUUGUCAGUCGUGCCCACAGGACUCCACGGUGUUGCAGAGGAAUGCCUACAUGGAGAGUAGCUUGUGCUCUUCUCCUCACUACCUAAUUCCGGACACGAAUGUCGUUUUACACCAGAUCGAUAUCCUUGAAGAUCCACUGAUCAGGAACGUGAUAAUCUUGCAGACGGUUUUGCAAGAAGUAAGACACAGAAGUGCUCCAGUUUACAAGAGGAUCAAAGAUGCUAUUCAUAACGCGGAGAAACAUUUCUACACUUUCACUAAUGAACACCAUAGGGAGACCUACGUCGAGCAAGAGCAGGGAGAAAGCGCCGCAGAGCUGCACGACCGGACGAUCCGCGUGGCAGCUCAGUGGUACACUGAGCACCUGAAGAAGGCCCAGACAGCCGAGGACCUGAAAGUCAUUCUGCUCACACAUGAUGGGAAGUGCAAGGAGAAAGCUGAAGAGAUCGGCUUGGUGUCAUAUAAUUGUGAAGAGUACAUUAAGAGCUUGAUUGCAAACCCUGAACUUGUGGACCGCCUGGCUUUGAAAUCGGAAGAGAAUAAUGAAAGUGACAGGGGUAAGAUCCUCUUUCCAGAGCAUCUCCCACUCUCCAAAAUACAGGCUGGGAUCAAGUCUGGGCGUCUGCUCCAGGGCACAUUCCGUGCAAACAGAGACAACUAUCUGGAGGCCAGUGUGUUUGUCCACAGAGACGGGGAGGAAGAUGUAGAGGUUUUGAUCCAGGGACUCAGAAGCCUGAACCGGGCUGUGCACCAGGAUGUGGUGGCUGUGGAGUUACUGCCCAAAAGCGAGUGGGCAGCACCCUCCUCUGUUGUCCUGGAGGACGAAGGCCCUAAGGAAGAUGAGAAUGAAGACGAAAAGGAAAAUAUUCUGAAAUCUGUAGCCAGUGAGAAGAUGCUGAAACCCACUGGGAGAGUCGUGGGCAUUAUAAAGCGAAACUGGAGACCGUACUGCGGAAUGCUUUCAAAAUCACAUAUUAAAGAGGCAACAAAGCAUUUAUUCACUCCAGCUGACCGCAGGAUCCCCCGGAUCCGAAUAGAAACUCGUCAGGCUUCUGCUUUAGAAGGACAGAGGAUUAUCGUUGCCAUUGACGGUUGGCCUAAAAAUUCUAGAUAUCCUAAUGGCCACUUUGUGAGGAAUCUGGGGAGUGCCGGGGACAAAGGAACGGAGACGGAAGUGCUCCUUCUGGAGCAUGACGUUCCUCAUCAGGCCUUUUCCCAGGCCGUCCUCGGCUUCCUUCCCAAGAUGCCAUGGAGCAUAACAGAGGAGGAUAUGAAAAACCGUGAAGACCUGAGACACCUACAUGUGUGUAGUGUGGAUCCUCCCGGGUGUACGGAUAUCGACGAUGCACUUCACUGCAAGGACUUGGAGAACGGAAAUUUAGAGGUUGGAGUUCAUAUAGCGGAUGUCAGUCAUUUCAUUCGUCCUGGAAAUGCUCUGGACCAAGAAUCAGCGAGCCGAGGGACCACAGUCUACCUUUGCGAAAGGCGAAUCGACAUGGUUCCUGAACUGCUUAGCUCAAAUUUAUGUUCUCUAAGAUCUAAUGUAGAGAGGCUGGCGUUCUCUUGCAUCUGGGAGGUGAACCACAACGCUGAAAUUGUUAAGACGCGGUUUACAAAAAGUGUGAUCAAUUCCAAGGCAUCUCUUACUUACGCUGAAGCCCAGAUGAGAAUCGAUGAUGCCAGCAUGAACGAUGAAAUAACCAAAAGCUUGCGUGGUUUGAACAGAUUAGCCAAGAUACUUAAGAAGAAAAGGAUUGAAAACGGAGCGUUAACUCUGUCUUCUCCUGAAGUACGUUUCCACAUAGACAGUGAGACUCACGACCCCAUUGACAUGCAAACCAAGGAGCUCAAGGAUACUAACUCUAUGGUUGAAGAGUUCAUGUUGUUAGCAAACAUAUCAGUAGCUCAGAAGAUCUACGAAGAGUUUCCUGAAUUUGCCCUUCUCAGGAAACAUCCUGCCCCACCGCCUUCCAAUUAUGACAUCCUUGUCAAGGCAGCAAAAUCUAAGAGCUUCGAACUCCGAACGGACUCUGCGAAGGCGCUUGCAGACUCUCUGGAUGCAGCUCGAGCACAGGGGUUUCCGUACUUCAACACGCUGCUGAGGAUCCUGGCCACUCGCUGCAUGAUGCAGGCUGUGUAUUUCUGUUCUGGAAUGGACAGCGAUUUCCAUCACUACGGCCUCGCUUCGCCCAUCUACACACACUUCACCUCGCCCAUCAGAAGGUACGCUGACAUUAUAGUGCAUCGUCUGCUGGCAGCAGCUAUAGGAGCAGACAGUACGUAUCCUGACCUGAUGGACAAACACAAGCAGGCAGCUCUGAGCAACAACCUGAACUAUCGACACAAAAUGGCACAGUAUGCCCAGAGAGCAUCGGUUGCCUUCCACACACAGUUAUUUUUCAAAAGCAGAGGGAUUCUUAAUGAAGAAGGUUUUAUUCUGUUUGUCAAGAAAAAUGCCAUCGUUAUUCUCAUACCCAAAUAUGGACUUGAAGGCAGAGUGUUUUUUGAAAACAAAGACAAAAACAACCCCCGUCUGACUUUUAUUGAGGAGAUUCCUGCCCUGACUGUGGAACACCACACCUUUCAUCUGUUUGACAAAGUGAAAGUAACCAUAAGUCUAGAUUCUUCAAACAUCCAGCAUCAGAAGAUUCGAAUGUCCCUUGUGGAGCCAGUGAUCCCUGGGGUUAGUGUAUCUCCUCAGUCAGCGCAAGACUGUGAACCUGAAGCAAAGAAGACCAAACUGGAUUGUUGAGGACAGUGACAGUUGUUGCAAGAUUGACGUUUUUACGUUUUUGCUUUAGUGCCCGAUAGUUGUUUGGAGAUAUUUCUUAUAAUGUUUGAGCCCUGUGAGUUGUUUGUCGAGCACAAACAACUAAUAUUUUUGUAAACCUUUCAUCUGACACAUUGCAAUAUUCCCAGAGAUGUUUUAUAUAUAAUUGGUUAGCUGUGUUCCAGCAUAAAACUAUUGUGUUUUAACAGAGCAUCAUUACAGAUCCAUAAAAUUGAAUUUUUGUAGUUAAGAAGUGAGACAGAUAAGCCUGCAAAUAUUAGGAAAUCUUUCGUAUUUGAUGUUCAGAUAUAUUUUGUAUGUCAGUCGUUUUGUAUUUAGUUGUAAGAUGUACAUGACACUGCUAUUAGAAGCAUCAUCCCCAAGAGCUUAUGAUGAGGACAGCAGAUUACAGUGGCUAAAUUUACAUUCACAGAUGAAUGUAAUUUCUUAUCAGCAAUUGGUUUUGGCAUAUUUCAUCUUACUACACUGUUGUACAGAAGAAAUACAUACAGAUAAUGCAAUUUAUGUAGUGAAAUCCAGUUGUUGGUUUAAAAAUGGUUCAAAUCUUCACCGUGUUGAAUUUAAAACAUAGUUUGUUGUUCCAACACUGUACAAAUGCUUUGUAACAAAUAAAGUUUUAAGUAUAAA